AUGUUUAAAGUUAGUAGCUGUCACGGCAAAAAAAUGAAGCAAUCGGCAAGGAAAGAAGAGAACGGAGCGAGUAGAAGACAAACAGUGGACAGCUUGAGUUGCAAGUCAGCUUUGCUGUUGUCUGUUGUAUGUUGCAUCGCACUGAUUCACGUGGAACUCAGAAUACAAGAGCAUCAUCGACUGAUAUCAUCUUCAGUAACAUACUGUGGCCAGAUGGAGAAACACAUUCUUCAAAACAUUCAGCAGAAUAACAAAGAUUGGCAAAUUACGAAAGGAAGCCAUUUAUCGGGUCAAAGAGAGCAGACAACGGGUAGGUUUGUAAAGGAUAUUAAUGAUGAGGUUAUGUUUGAGCCAAAAGGAGCAGUCAUUCCCAAGUUUUGUUUUUGAACCAAUGUGUCUUAUGUGUUAUGGAACACGGAUAAUUUAAGUAACUGUAAAGGACAAAAAAAUAUCUUUCAUGGAGAGAAAGCAAUCUUUCGGGGGCAAUACCAUAUUUUUACGUUUUCAUUGUUAACUUUAUUUUGAUUUUUUUUUGCUAUUUUUCAAGGCCCGGAAGUCAUCAACUCAAGACAAAAGCGUGCAUUGCCUGUUAAAUCACAACAGAAAUCCGCACAAACAACCUCCAAUGUAAAAAUGCUGAUUAAAGAAGAACUUCGACUUUUACAGAACCAAAUCUGUGCUAAAGAUGAAACGCUUUGCCGCUCGGGACCAAAAGGCAGCACAGGACGACGAGGAAGGCCUGGUAUCCGAGGAAGACCAGGUCCCCCUGGAAGACCCGGGCCUGAGGGGCCUCCUGGUAAACAUGGACCAAUAGGACAUCCAGGGCUAAUGGGUAUAAAGGGGGAUCUUGGAGUUCCGGGUGACCCUGGUCCCGUGGGGCCUCGAGGCCCGCCAGGCCAGAAAGGCGUAAAAGGUGAGCCGGGCCAGUCCAUCUCAGCUCCAUCUCUGCUGCAGCGUCCUGUGGAAACCACAGUCAAUGAAAGUCAGACAGCCAUCUUAAAAUGUACAGCCGACGGAAAUCCAUCACCGAAAGUCACAUGGUCUAAAAUGAACUCAUCACUUCCUGUGGGGCGCCAUGUUGUGGAGUCCAGUGGCGCUUUGACUGUGAAAGACGUUAGGCCUGGAGACGAGGGCGACUACAGCUGCAGAGCUGAAAAUUUCCUGGGCAACGUGAACGCUACAGCGAAACUUAUUGUUCAUUGUAAGUUUAUAUUUAGCAAUUAUCGUCCCAUUUUUCUUAGUCCUUACCAUUUAUAGUCAUAUUUGCUAGGAUCUGGCCUGCAAAGCACGCCACUUGAGUAGACAUUGCCCCUCUUUUUCCCUAGCUCUCCGUCCUUGAAGCAUAGUUAUUAUAUGGCCUUUAAUUAUAGACCCAUUUUUGUAAUAAAGUUGAUGGCACAUCGCGUUAAUGAAAAGGUAUAUGUGACAAAUAAAAGGAGAUAAACACUGCAAUAUCACAUAGCAGAAAAAUCUUCUUACGUUUAUUAUUGUCUAUGUUUUGCUUUUUCAUUACAGAAAGAAAUAAUUCAUUUGUAUCUCUUCAUCUCCCGCGAGGUCUUUAAUCCCCAUGUUUUAUUUGAUGGCAUUCAUAAAACGUUCGGGACCUUCUGAACAUUUACUGCUUGAAAGCAAAGGGGCUGUUAUUUUAAAAACACUUUGCCCAAUGCUUUUAUCUUGACUCCGUUCAUGGAGGUUCAUGGAGGUUGGACGAAAGGAACAUUUUUAUCUUCUGAAAAUAACCCAGUUUGGAAGAGAUUUGGAAGUCCAAUGAUUUCUUGCACCGCGUUCUAAGUUAGACCUCUAUUACAUAUUCGACCCAGAGGGUUUGUACAUAGCAGGGCUAAACCUGUUUUACUACAAUUUACAUGGAUGCUGAGUGCAAUAUAUAUAUUUUUUCAUGAUUUAUUUUUUUUGGCAGUUACUCCUCAGAUCUCUUUGUCAUCUCAAACAUUAAUGACAGAGGAGGAACAAAACAUUACUAUCGUCUGCACUGCCACUGGUCAGCCGCAACCCAGUAUCAGGUGGUCUAAGUCGGUCGGUUCUUUGCCGAAAGGAAGAAAUAAAGUGGUACACGGUACUCUGACGAUCUACAAUGUAACUAAGAAGGACAGGGGAAUAUAUAUUUGUAGGGCAGAGAACAUUCUUGGAUCAGUGUCAGACACGGUUCUUCUUAUGGUAUUCUCUCCUCUGCGUUUUAUAGUCCUACCUCCCCGAGUGGUGACUCCUUUGACUGGUUACACUAUUCGCUUUCCAUGUGUGGCCGAGAGUGAUCUGAGACCGUCAAUUACUUGGAAAAAAGACGGAAUGUCCUCACUUCCUGAAACCUCUAAUGUUCAUAGGAACGGGACUCUAGUUCUGGCUAACAUCAAAAAAUCACACCAAGGAUCUUACACUUGUAGGGCGACCAAUGCUCUUACAACAAUAGAAGCUAAAGUCAAAAUUAAUUCUCCAGUUGCUUCUUCCUGUUCUGUGAUUAGAAAACACGUUAGCAGUGUAAGCGGAAAUUAUGUCAUUGAUCCAGACGGUAUGGGAGGCCAGGCACCCUUUACUGUAUAUUGUGAUAUGGCUGACAAGAAUGGUGUUGGUGUGACAGUCAUCAGUCACGACAGUGAGACCAGAACAAAGGUGCGUGAUGGUCUCGGUUGGGGAGGUCGAGGUAGCUACUCACGUGACAUCCAUUACACUGGAGCGAGUCUCUCUCAGCUGGCGAGUCUCACCAGAGUCUCUUUAUACUGUGAACAGUUUAUCAAGUACGAGUGCCACCAGUCAAUUAUGUUCGGGUACGGUGGAUACGCUUGGUGGGUGUCACGGGAUUCUACCAAGAUGACGUAUUGGGGUGGAGCAUCUGUCAGUGGUAAGUGCGCAUGCGGGAUGACCAACUCGUGCGCAGACUCCAGUCUUGGCUGUAAUUGUGAUAAGGAUGACGGUGUAUGGCGUGAAGACAGCGGUCUCCUGACUGACAAGACAAAGCUUCCAGUGAAACAGCUCAGGUUUGGGGAUGCAGGCAGCUCGGUCGCUGUGGGAUACCACACUCUUGGGAAACUCAAUUGCUACGGCACAACAAAAUGA